AUGACCCCCGAAGUAGCGAAUGACGUGCUCGACACCAUGCUUGCGACUUUGCAAUCGCUCAUCAAGUGUUGCAUCCACUUGAAACAGGGCGAUCCAGAAGCUCUGAAGCUAUCGGAUGAAAUUGCUAGACGUGUUGCAAAAGACUUGAGGCUUUAUGGGGGAAGUGCAACACCAUUCUCCCCCCAGCUCUUGUCCUGUGCAGCCGUUGUGCGUCAAUACUCCAAGGGUGGCACCUUUGAAAGUUUGCCCGACUGGAACUCCGUGGUCGAUGAUGAUCCAUGCAUCAAGAGCCACCUGCGCUUCCACAAAACAUUGGACUACCGUCCUCUCGCUGCAGUUGGAACUCUUCCCAUUUUGAAGGUUCGAGCUACCGGGUUGUCAUCUAUCAUUAAGCCUCUUACUGUUCCCGCUGCUGUCCGUCCUUUCAUAAAACAAGCUCCCACACUGGAAGCCAACUUGGCGCUGCUGUCUCCAUUGCCGGCCUCUCUGGAGCUGGAACCGUUGACUCUUCUUGCUCCAUCAGUCACUUCUUCUACACCUGCAACAACAAAGUACAAGCUCUUCGUGCCAGGCAAUAUGUCGAACAAGGUCAAGGUUACUCCGCACUCUACGAAUGACAAGAAGAGAAAGGCUGAAGAAGACAAUACCAAUUCGGCGGACACUCCCAGGUCCCCAUCUAGAUCGCGCAAGCAGAAUCUGAAAAAAAUCAAGAAGUUAUCGUCGCAUUAUGCGCAAGAUCAACUCCGUAUAAAGAAGAAUGGAACUACAAAGGAAACAUCAUUGUCAGCGGGAUCUGAAAAGGUAUCGGACCCGGAAACUCAGGACGCGAUUGACAUGGCCUCUGAUGAUAGUUUCUGGGAUGCAGAAACUAGGCCUCGUGAUUGGGGUCUGGAUUCAACGAUUGCCACAGAAGUGGAGCAUUCCAUUCGCUACCAUCCACAGAAAUGUGACAAAUGCAAGAAAUUAGGCAUACCUUGCAUUACAAAGGUGACUUGCGCAAUAAAUGGUAUGGGUGUCCGGGACAGGUUGCAGGCUGAAGCCAAAGCAAAGGCAGUGGCACGAGUAGCCAAACCUCCCAAGCGCUCCCAGUCACGUGUCCCCAAGGUCCGAGCAGUCAACAAGACACUCAAAAAAGUUUCACCGGCUGCACCGAGCAUUCUGGCAGUACCUUCAGCCGCCGAUGUUAUGGAAGAUAAUGUCGAACAUGGCGGUGAGCACAGGACCCUCCAAAAGGCUGCACCGAGCAUUCUGGCAGUGCCUUCGUCCUCCCAUGUUAUGGAAGAUAUUGUCGAACACGGUAUGGCUCCUGCCGAAGCAACACUGUCCCCACCAAUUGCCACACCAAUGAUGAUCAACCACCCGAUGGAAGCCAACCAUCCGGCGGAGCCCGAGCCAACUGCAAAAGACAUUCUGCAGGCCAUCUGGGACCUUGAAAGCAAGUUUGACCUCCUUGCUACGAAUGAGUGGGUGGAUGCAUUGGAUGCCAAGGUCGUUUUAGUGGAGGAAGUCUUUGGCCACCGGCUGGCAAUGUUGGAGCAACGCAUGAAUUCCUCCGAUGCACAAUGGAAGGCGAUGUCAUCAUCGGUCGGACAUUUGACAAAUUGUCUCCGGGACCACAAAGACGACCUGGAAGCCCACAGACCUCGUGUGAACACCACUGCCUAUGCACCUCCACAGCACCCGACUGCUCAGCUUCCAGCGUGGCUCCAUGGUACCGGUGGUGUCGAUGAUCUGGGUAUCUCCACAGUUGGCAGACAGUGGACACAUGCAUGGGACCCAUCUGUCGCGACAGGUGUGCAAGGCUGCCUCGAAACAUCUGCAUCGGCUAUGUGGACGGGUUAUCCUCCAGAUACCCCCGUUCUUCAGGAAGCUUCAAUUGAAUCCUCUUGA